GAAGCAUGGAUCUCACAAUUUUGUUUUGUAGUUUCAGAUGAGCGAUGAACAGGAAAAAGGAACACGGGAGGAGCAGGAGAACCAGGAGGAGGGAACAAUGAAAGAUUUGGAGGAAAAGGUUGAUCAGGUUGACCUUCAGGCUGCAGGAGGUUCAGAUGAAACUCCAGAUGAUGAAGUAGAAAAGCAUGAGGAGCCAGCAUCAGAAGAGAAGGUGGAAGAAGAAACAAAGGAAGAGAAAGAAGAAGAAAAAGUAGAAGAAAAAGUAGAAGAAAGAGCUGAAGAAGAAAAAGUAGAAGAAAAAGCUGAGGAAGAAAAAGUAGAGGAACCAGAUAAAGCACUGCUAAAAGAACAGUUCAGCUUGUUUUCAAAAUUCGGAGAUAAGGUUAACAAGAGAUAGAAAUAACAAUAAUUGUAACAAUAA